CACGUACUGCAGAGCUUGCUGAUAGAGGCGGAGAACAUUGUAAACUCUCGCCCUCUUACGCACUUGCCAAUAUCUGUGAAUCAAGAAGCGCCUCUAACGCCAAACGACCUACUGAUGGGUGCUGCAAACGCACCAGAUACACGUGUCACCGACGGGCAGAAGCUUGAGCGAAGAACUACAAGGAAGCAGUGGCGAAUAGCACGCAUGUUGAGGGACCGCUUCUGGAAGCGAUGGGUCCAUGAGUAUCUGCCUACGCUCAUGCGACGCGAGAAAUGGUGCAGGCGCACCAAGCCGACGCGCGUAGGAGAUAUAGUGUUCCUCUGCGAUCCAGAUAUGCCGCGCCGAGAAUGGCGCAUGGGAAUCGUUGAGGAAAUCUACGCUGGAGCAGAUGGAGUAGCGCGACGGGCUAGUGUGAGAGUGACUGACGGCAACUAUGGCCGCCUGAUGGUGCGUCCCGUCUCCAAACUAGCCGUUUUGGAUGUGAGUGAAGCAGUUCCUUCACGGGGGAGGGUAUGUCGCGGGACGACCAAUUAGUAUUUAAGUAUCGAUAGUUUAUUGCGAUUAUUGUGACGGUCACACCGUCUAGUAUAAAAACAGCUGUGAGCGAUAGGAUCGUUCUUGUUAAGUUUAAAGAGUUUAGAGGGAGUCACUGCGAAUAAAAUCCACCGAUAACUACAUACAUCGAGUUCUACGCCAAUGAACGUGGGUUCCAACGCAACCUCUAAAUUCGAUCGACGACAGCAUUUAUAGUUAAGUUAUUGUGUGUAUUAUCAGAUCAAGUAAAAAUCAAUUCGAUAGCAUCAUGAUCUACAAACCAGAGAACGGUAUGGGUACCAGCAAAGUCCCGAAAGAUACGGCCAAAGGAAAAUGUGCGCGCUCACAAAAUGCGCUCGGCUCUCUCUCUCUCUCUCUCUACAUUGGCAGCGGCGCUGACGAGACAGCAAGUAGCAAAGCACACAAAAAUAAUUUUGAUUUUUUUGUGUAUUUCUUCGGGAGUUUGUUUGUUACCCAUGCAAUAAUUUUAGGCUAACCAUGAAAAAAAUUGUCGUACAUGGUACAUGGUAAUUUUUAGGGCAGAUGCACUUAUGCCGUUCUGUGGUACAAGCCAUGGUGGAUGACUCUAUUAGAUCAGCUCGUCAUAAUGGAUCAAGAAUAUAUGUACUUUAUGGGAUAUACUGUUUGACUCUCCCAAUAUAUGUAAAUGCUUAAACAACUUUAUAAAAAACUUAAUUUUUAA